AUGUCUCUAAUAGUAUAAGGAAAUGUUAUCCAGAAUGUAUUGAACAUCUUUCCAAUGAAUAAUUCUUCUUCGUGCAAAAUACGAGUGUUUCAUAAUACGAAUCAUUAUACAGUAUUAAAUGGUAAUAAUUUGUCAAAGGAACAGAUGAAUGUUCUAAUUGUGGUAACCUACAAUGUAUGACCUAUAACUCGGUGACUGCGUAGUCACUGCUAUAACCUAAGCAUACCAUAAAAGUUGUGCAUAAAUUGAUCAACGAAUUCAAUACAUUUAUUCAUUGAUCUUUAUUCAAAAGUGAUUUAAAAUAUGGGUAAACACGAAGUAGGAACACCGAAAUACAUUGCAAAUAAAAUUAAAGCAAAGGGUUUGCAAAAAUUAAGAUGGUACUGUCAGAUGUGUCAAAAACAGUGCAGAGACGAAAAUGGAUUCAAGUGUCAUACUAUGUCAGAAUCUCAUCAUCGUCAGUUAUUGUUAUUUGCUGACAAUGCGUCUCGUUAUAUGGAUCAGUUUUCAAGAGAAUUUUCUUCGGGUUACUUAAAUUUACUGAAAAGACAAUUUGGUACCAGACGUGUACCUGCAAAUCGUGUUUAUCAAGAAUAUAUCUCGGAUAGAGGACAUGUGCAUAUGAAUGCUACAAUUUGGGUAACUUUAACUGGGUUUGUUAAAUGGCUUGGACGUACUGGACAAUGUGUUGUUGAUGAAACAGAAAAGGGCUGGUAUGUAACAUACAUAGACAGGGAUCCAGAAACAUUAGCAGCUCAAGAGAAGAAAGCAAAGAAACAGAAGAUGGAUAAAGAUGAUGAAGAGAGGAUGAUGGAGUUCAUAGAGAAACAAGUAGAAAAGGGUCAACAAGAAACCAGUGUACCAAAUGAGACUUUUAAAGAGCCAUUGCAACGUCCUGAAAAUGAUACUCCUUUGGUUCUUGAACUGAAAAUAAACAAGAAACCAAAAUUACUUCUCAACACUGUGAAACAAGAAAAAGUUACAAAUAAGUGUUCCACUAGUAGUGAGACAAUGCCUGUUUCUAAUAUAAAACAGGAGUUAAUUGAAGAUGAAGAAAGUGUAGGUAAGAAGGUUGAAAAGCAUAAACAUAAAUAUGAUCAGGAUGAUAACAAUAAAGAAGGAUGGUUGAGAGAAAAUUUGAUGGUGAAAGUAAUCACAAAGACUCUUGGAGAAAGAUAUUAUAAAGCUAAAGGAGUAAUUCAAUCUGUUGAAAAUUCCAAAUUUGUGGGGAAAGUAAAGCUAAAAUCACCUGAAGAAGUUGAAAAUCAUGUUAUAAAAAUAGAUCAAGAAUAUUUAGAAACUGUAAUACCUGCUCUUGGAAAAGAUGUUGUAAUUCUUUGGGGAAAAUAUAAGGGUAUGAAAGGUGUAGUGCAUACAGUUCACAUAGAACAUUAUAGCAUUGAUGUAAAACUUAAGGAGGGUGAUACCAUUGUUAGGAAAGUACCCUAUGAACAAGUUUGCAAAUAUGUGACAUGAUUACCUAAUUCAAAGACUGAAAAUAAUGUGUUUCAUUUAUAACAUUUUUGAUAAAAUACACUGCUUGUAUUUGUGUCUUGAUUAAUACACAAUAAAUCAGGACACAAUUCUUCUAUCCAUAUUUUACAGCUUUUGCUACCUUUAUGUGUUUGUAAUAUCAGUCCAAUAUUCCACUUGUAUUUUGUAUACAUACACAAUAAAAUGGGAAUAUUCUAUUUUA